AUGGAAAAUAGUAAAAUGAGAAAAUUAUCGCGUCGUCCAACAAUUAUCUCACCAACUGGACAUAUUCAAUCUUAUGAUGUUCUUCAUUUUUCAGCUUUGGUUGCAACUGGUUGUCUUUUAUCUUUUAUUGCAGGUUAUGUUAAUACUAUAUGUAUUAUUGGUUUUUUUCAAACACCUGUAUCGGCAUUUACAGGUGCUACAUCAAAAAUGAUUAUUGAAUUAGGCAAAGGCAAUUUUAACAUGACACUACAUUUUUUUCUUAUGAUAUUUUCGUUUGUAUUGGGAAGUUUUAUAUCAGCAGCAGUAGUUGGAGGUUCAUCUUUUCGAAUUAAUCGAUCCUAUGGUUUAGUAUUACUUCUUGAAUCUUUGGCACUUACUCUUAGUUAUUUAUUUGAAAAAACGACAUUGAAUUUUCGUGAAUCAUCUAUAUCUUUGCAAUUAGGUGCAUAUUUAAUGUCUCUUGCAUUUGGUCUUCAAAAUGGUAUGUGUACUACAUUUUCCGGUGCUGUUAUUCGUACAACACAUGUAACAGGUACUCUUACAGAUAUUGGUUUAAUUGUAGGACAAGCAAUUUUCUAUCCUCGAACUCGAAAACAUAUUUGGAAAUUGAAAGUUUUGUUACCUAUAUAUAGUGGAUUUUGUCUUGGUGGAUUAACCGGAUACUUCGUAUAUCAAUUAUUACUUAUCAAAGCGAUAUUUUUACCUUGUACAAUUGUUGGAAUCUUAGGUAUUGCACAAUUAUUCUACAGUAAAAUCAUACUUGUCUACAACGCGAAACAUAUAACUAACAAAAAAGAUUGGACGAAAAUGACUAUAAAUGAAUUAUCUGCUACAAAACCCAAAAUCGAAUCGUAUAUGAAUAAAAAUUGUGAUAUUGACGAGCAUAUCAUUUUACAAGACAUUUCUAUUCGUGAUGAAAAAGUUAACACAACAACAGUACUAUAA